CAGUUUUCACCCUGGUAUAGGUUCAUACGAAUCAAUAUAGCGAGAGCUUGCUUCGCAGCUGAAUACUACGUAUCGAACGAUGACAGAUAUUUUGGUUUUAGCUGUUCUUAUUCUAACUACAGUGGCUAACACUGCUUAUUCUCAAAGUACCUCAAAUACAGGAUGCAAGAAAGACCGCUUGAGGCCAAAUUCCUGUUUCUAUUUCAUGCUGAAGGGCUACUGUACAGAUGGGCGUUAUAGUGCCUAUAUGAAGACACGGUGCUCUUCUAUGUGUGGAUACUGCUGUCCAGACGGAACGCUGUCUCAACUACCCUUUAACCAGGGCUGCAAAGAUUAUGAAUGUGCACAGACGGACCGCCUACCUCUCCUGACUAACGUGACGACUAAAAAAACAUGCUUGCAGUACUACAAUGACAUCACCUUGAACUCCUCGUAUCCCUGGGUGAAGUAUUAUUGUGAAAACACCUUUGGGUGGUGCUGUAUGGACAAGAAGACCUUUGCAGAUGGAGUAGACGAGAAAGGAUGCCCUUAUAAACUUUGUUAUAAUGUCAAUUCUGACGAGUACUGCCUCAAUCAAACAAAGACCGAUAGUCGGUACUGUGAUUCAGCGCUAACCAGACAGAAAUGUGCGUGGACGUGUAAAAAAUGUAAGGCCAAGAAGCCAACCGAUUGUGGGUUGUUUGGAUGUUGUUGGAAUGGUGUGCCUGCUUUGAGUCCAGAUUACAGGGAUUGUCAACCUUGCAGGGAUAUAUCAUCGCACUUGUGCAAUCAGUUUAGACAUGCCUGUCUUCCCAUUGGUCAGUACCGCCUGCGUGAGUUUGCAUUGACAAGGUGUCCUAGGACUUGCAAUCUGUGUGUGUAGAACAAUUUACUACGAGUAACGAGAUGAGUAGCUGGACAGGACGGAUCAUUAUCAAGAUGAAUAACACAACAAGUUAUCUUAUAGAUCUGAAAGGUUUAAUAAAUGGUAAAGAAGCUAAGAA